AUGGUCAAGCUCACGCCCGAGCUCAUCGAGACUGUGUCCUCGCAGCUCAACCCCGUCAAGGAGCGGCAGCUCGAUCUCAGAGGCUACACCAUUCCUGCGAUCGAAAAUCUUGGUAUCACCAAGGACCAAAAUGACUGCAUAGACUUCACCGACAACUCCAUCACCGUGCUCGGGAACAUCCCCCUCCUCCGCCGCCUCCGCACAGUCCUGCUCGCGAAUAACCGAAUAUCCUCCAUCUCCGCCUCUCUCCAUCUCUCUGUCCCCAACCUCACUACCCUUGUACUCACGAACAACAACAUCGCUGAGCUCGGCGACCUGGAGCCGCUGAAGGAUGUGAAGUCCCUCCAAUACCUCUCCCUGCUCGGCAACCCUGUUCGCGAGAAGAAGUAUUACCGGGAAUGGCUCGCGUGGCGCAUCCCCAACCUGAGAGUACUGGACUUCCAACGGAUCCGGGAAAAGGAGCGGCAAGCCGGGCGAUCACUCUUCCUGACGGCAGACAACCUGCCAACCCACCUCGCGACAACGAUCUCGCAAACGGUCUCUACACACUCGUCAAAACCGCCCGUUACGACGGACGAGCCGAAGCCUUUGGUGCAGCCCGGGAAGGCAGGCAGGCUUAUGUCCAAGGAGGAGGCGGACAAGGUACGCGAGGCGAUCGCGCGCGCGACGUCCGUGGAGGAGAUCCGAAGGCUGGAGCGGCAGCUCAGGGAGGGCUUCCUCCCAGGCAUGGAUUCUGUCGGUGCAUGACCGCGACCCUGUACGAUGAAUGUAAUACUGGUAUCGAUUCCACUCUUGUUCCC